GUCAUGUAGUAACACUUUUGUAUUGAAGAAAGCAAACUCCUUCUGAGGAUUUUGGCCAUGUUGAUGUUGGGCGAAAACUCACAGUUGAGGGCACAGGUGGGAGACGCCAUUGAUGAGAAUGGACCUCACCGGCAUCGAAGUCGUAACCCUUCCUCUUCCCAUUCUUAUUCAUUCACAGGAACAGGAGGUUUUCGUCCUCACCAAUUCUCUUCUCAUCCGACCAAAUCCUCGAACUUUGUUGUGAGCACUUCAGCCAACAAUUCAAGGGAUCUCAAGCAAAUCCCUAACUGGAAACACAAAAGAAAUAGUAGCCAAAAAGAGAAGGGAGAAGAAGGAGGGACUGAUGAUCCCUUUGCUCCUGUAAUUGGAGCUUGCCCUUUCAUGUGUCCAGAAAGCAGACUACUUCUGAGGAUUUUGGCCAUGUUGAUGUUGGACAAAAACUCACAGUUGAGGUGGGAGACGCCAUUGAUGAGAGUGGACAUCACCGGCGCCGAAGUCGGAACCCUUCCUCUUCCCAUUCUUAUUCAUUCACAGGAACAGGAGGUUUUCGUCCUCGCCAAUUCUCUUCUCAUCCGACCAAAUCCUCGAACUUUGUUUCGAGCACUUCAGCCAGCAGUCAUAACAAUUCAAGGGAUCUCAAGCAAAUCCCUAACUGGAAACACAGAAGAAAUAGUAGCCAAUAAGAGAAGGGAGAAGAAGGAGGGACUGAUGAUCCCUUUGUUCCUGUAAUUGGAGCUUGCCCUUUCAUGUGUCCAGGUGAAUUUGCGUACUUGGCUUGUCUUAACUGCAAAUUCAUCUCCUUUAAUUGUGUCUUUUCCUUGAAGUCCCUACUUUGAAGCCUUUCUAUAAUUCUAUUAAGAUCAGCAGAUAUGGUUUCUGGGUCCUAGUGUUAAAUUAUAUGCCUCUUUUGGAUGUUCUUAGAUGGCGUUCUACAUUUUUAAUGU